AUGUCAUCCUUGUCGUGGUCAGCGGACCUCCUGUGGCAGGCGCGCGGCGGCGGUGUCUUCGACGUCGGGCAGGGCAGCGCCGCGCUGAUACUCGCGUCGUACCCGGUGCUCCUGCUCCUCGUCCUCAUCUCCGCGUUCAUCAGGUACGUGUGGAUCGUGCUGGCGCUCUACUGCCCGAUCUUGUUCGUGCUAUCCUACACCGGCCGCUUGCUCGCCGGGCCGGUGGUGUUCGUGCACGACGAGGCCACAGCGGGCUUCCAGCGGGGAGGUCUACCACAGGCGUCCAUUGCGGCCAUCCCGACGUUCGUGUACGGUGCCGCAGAUUCUUCUGGUCCCAGCGACGGCCAGGCCCAGUGCGCGGUGUGCCUGGAGGCUCUGUCCGGUGGGGAGAAUGUGCGGCCGCUGUCAGUGCGCGCGCACACAUUCCAUGCAGGGUGCAUCGACAUGUGGUUCUACUCUCAUGCGACAUGCCCGGUCAGCCGGUGCCAUGUGGAGCCGCAGAAGGCUGACAAAAUGUCGCCAUUUCUGCCAGAGUCGGCUCUGCCGCCGGUGUAG